AUGCCGCCCUGGGUGAACCGCUUCUCGAAGCUGGGGCAGGAUGCGAGGGACAGCUGGACGAGCCUCCGCUCCAUGUUCACGCAGCCUCAGGGCAGCACCGCGGCCCCCGGGCCAGCCGGCGAGGGCGGCUCCUGGCUCGGCGGCCUGGUGGGCAGGCUCGUCAGCUCUGGGGGCGCGGAGGCGGACACGUCGGACUCGGAGUCCGAGCCCGACCUCGCGGCGGGCGCAGUGGCCGCCUGGCCCGCGCCCGCUCGGCCGCGAACGCUGGUGCUCCUCGGUCGCCCCGCGGGCAAGCUCGCCGUCCAGCUGCGCCCGGCAGGGGGCCGCCGCGGCCCCCCCACCCCGCAGCGCGCCCUGGCCCAGCCGGGGUGCGCGCGCCCGCCGCAGGGCCCCCCGUCGCCGGCGACGGGGAGCAAGGCGACGCAGCAGUCGCCGCAGCAGCCGCCGCAGCAGUCACCACAGCAGUCGCCGCAGCAGCUGCUGCAGCCGCAGCCGCCGAAGCCGGCCCCGUCGCGCCCGGGCGCUGGAGGCCCACUGCCGCCGGCGUUGUCGCGCGCGGGCAGCUUCUCAUUGAAGCAGCCGGGCACGCCAGCGCAGCCGCCACAGCCCAACUGCUCGUCCAAGGGGUCGCCGUCUGGCGGGGCGCCACAGCAGCCCCAGCCGCUGGCGCGCGCGCCUCGCCCACCGGGUUCGGGGAGCUCGGCGUCUGCCGAGACCCCGGCCGGGCCGCCGCCGCCACACUCGCGGCACCACGCGCAGGGGUGUUCGCCCUCCGCCGAGCUCCCGCCCGCGCCGCCGCCGCCCCCGCGGCUCCGCACGCAGGGGUGCUCGGCCUCCGCGGUCGGAGCGCCAGUGUCUCCGCCCGCGCGGCAUCCCGCGCAGGGGUGCUCCGUCGAGCUCCCGGUCGGGCCGGCGGCGCCCCCUCGGCACCACGCGCAGGGGUGCUCGGCCUCCGCAGAGUUCCUGGCCGGGCCGCCGCCGCCGCGGCACCACGCGCACGGGUGCUCUGCCUCCGCGGUCGGGCCGCCAGUGUCCCCGCCCCUGGGUCAGCAGCCGCAGCGCAUGGUCCACAGCCCUUGGGGCAGCAGCCACUAA